AUGAGUGCGCUCUGGGGAAACUGGGAUUUUUAAUUUUUCGUUUUUGUUGCAAAUUCAUUUAACAACACAGCUCAGAUGGCUCUCUUAAUUUUUGCGAGCAAUACAAACAAUCCAUGGAAGAUUUUUACGCAUUCAAAAUGGCAGGUGGUUUUUUUCAUCCUCUGCUUGUACGGAAUGGACGUCGUUUAUUGCAAUGUGAGAUAUUCCAUCCCGGAGGAAAUGCCAGAGGGAUCAUUCGUUGGAAACAUCGCCAAGGAUCUUGGAAUAGAGAUAAGUAGAUUGAUAUCUGGAAAAGCUCGUGUCGUAACAAAGGGUGGACGACAGUAUGUCGACCUGAGCAGAGACAAAGGGACACUAGUAGUUAAAGAAAGGAUAGAUCGUGAGGAGCUCUGUAAGCAAACGACGCCGUGUAGCUUCAGUUUUGAUCUAAUCGUUGAAAACCCAAUCCAGCUGCAUCGAGUCACGGUUGAGGUGCAAGACAUAAACGAUAACGCUCCGUUAUUUCCGAAAGAAAGUGUUAAUUUGGAAAUAAGCGAAAACUCCAUUUCUGGAACCAGGUUCCCUUUGGACAGCGCAAUAGAUACAGACGUAGGGCUAAAUAGUGUACAGAUCUACAAACUACACCCAGCUGAUAAUUUUAAACUGGAAGUGCACAGUCUGACUAAUGGAAACAAAUACAUUGAGAUGAUUUUACAACGAGAACUAGAUCGGGAGGAACGAGAUGAGAUUAAAUUGGUUCUUGUAGCAGCUGAUGGCGGAUCACCUCAGAAAUCAGGCACUGUAAAAAUACACGUUACUAUUCUUGAUAUUAAUGAUAACGCCCCGUCAUGUAAACAGUCAGAAUUUAAAACCGAGGUUAGAGAAAAUUCACCUGCUGGAACUAUUAUAGGUACUGUUAGCGCUGCUGAUGCUGAUGAAGGCGUUAAUGGCCAUGUUUCUUAUUCAUUUGCUGUUGCUAGCAAGGAAGCAAGGGAACUUUUUGAGAUAAAGACAGAAACAGGCGAAAUAAUACUUCUUGAUCAUUUAGAUUAUGAAUCUCAAAACAGUUAUCAAUUAAACAUUAAAGCUAAGGAUAAGGGAGGUCUGGCUGACACAUGCAAAUUUGUCAUAGAUGUAAUUGAUGAAAAUGACAACUCACCAACUAUACAGCUGAUGUCCUUCUCAAACACCCUACCUGAAAAUUCUGCAGUGGGAACAACAGUAGCUGUUAUUACUGUAGAGGAUGCGGAUUCGGACAAAAAUGGCCUUGUUCAUUGUUCAAUAAAUCAAAAUAUUCCCUUUAAAAUAGAAUCAUCCCUCUCGGAGUAUUAUAGUGUAAUUACCGAUGAUAUGCUUGAUCGAGAAACUGUUACUGAAUAUAACAUAACAAUCUUGGUAUCGGACCAAGGAAGUCCAGCGCGACACUCUAACAAAACACUUAAUGUUAAAAUAUCAGAUGUAAAUGAUAACCCGCCCAAAUUCGGCUCAGAUGAAUAUAAAACAUCUGUUAAUGAAAACAAUUCCCCAGGUGUGACUAUACUGACUGUUAAAGCAAAUGAUGCUGAUUGGGGUCCCAACGCACAGUUAUCUUACUUCCUGAAGGAUGGAGAUAUACGCGGUGCACCGCUGAGUUCAAUCGUGUCUGUAGAUGCUCUUACUGGAACGGUUCAUGCUGUAAAAUCAUUUGAUUUUGAACAGUUAAAAUCGUUUUCCUUUAACGUGACAGCUCGAGAUGGAGGAUCCCCGCCACUGAGCUCUGAAGUAACAAUAACUAUCAACAUUCAAGACCAGAACGACAACGCUCCCCAGGUUCUGUAUCCAGUACAGACUGGCGCUUCGGUGGUGGCUGAGAUUGUGCCUCGUGCUGCAGAUGUUGGAUAUCUGGUCACUAAAGUGGUGGCUGUUGAUGUGGACUCUGGUCAGAAUGCCUGGCUCUCCUAUAAACUCCAGAAAGCUCCAGACAGAGCGCUGUUUGAAGUGGGUUUACAGAAUGGAGAAAUAAGAACUGUGCGACAAGUCACUGAUAAAGAUGCUGUCAAGCAAAAACUCACUGUUGUUGUGGAGGAUAACGGACAGCCCUCUCGCUCAGCUGUGGUCUCCAUUAACGUGGCUGUGGCUGACAGCUUUCCUGAAGUGCUGUCAGAGUUCUCAGACUUUCCGCAUGAGAAACAAUAUAACGACAGCUUAACUUUUUAUUUAGUUCUGGCUCUGGCCGCUGUUUCUUUCCUAUUCAUCACUUGUGUGGUUGUGAUAAUAUCAGUUAAAAUCUACAGAUGGAGACAAUCUCGCUUCCUCUAUCAGUCCAAUCUGCCUGUUAUUCCGUACUAUCCACCGCAUUACGCAGACACAGGAGUCACUGGAACUCUACCGCAGGGCUAUAAUUAUGAAGUGUGCAUGACGACUGACUCGAGGAAGAGUGACUGUAAGUUUUCUACACUCGGGGGUCAGAGUGUUUUAGUGGUGGACCCCAGUUUUACUCAGACGAUGCAGCGAACAUUGAAGGAAAAGAACAUUCAUGAAAACUCUGAACUGCAUGAAAUGAAUGGAGACAUUGAGGCUUGUAUUUGCGAGUUUAAAGCUCUGAGUGCCGCUGUUGACUAA